GAUAACUAAACGCUGAUUAACGCACUCCGGUUUACGUUAAUUUUCGUUGUCAACGAAGUCUAUUUUACGAACCAGUCGAAUCGGAAAAUAAUACUCAACGAAAAAUCGUAGUCAACGAAAUGAACCAGUCGAAUACGCCCAAUAACACAAAGGUUAGAGUCAAAGAUACUGUAUGCUAGUGCUCCGAGCACAUGCUUUUGCUGAGCUUUUUAGUCCACACAAACAACAGAAAAUAUAUUUGCAGGCUCAUCAUGAUAUUGGAUCUGCCAAAAUAGGAAAAGCAGGUGGAGUUAAUGAUCUCGAAGUGAAUAAACAUCAUGAGUCACACAUCAGAAUACAAGUUUGCUGAAAGUAAAGAAAGUGAUCAUCGUGAAGGCCUCUACUCGAAGUAUAAACCAUGGAUCCAAACAACAUUUUGUUCCCUUCUCGGAUUUGUACAUAUUGGAUUUUUAUAUAAUUUUGGACUGUUUUUUGAUAAACUACAGGUAGAGUUUCAAAGUAAUGUUGCACUAACAGGUUGGAUUGGGUCAAUCAGCUAUAGUUUAUUUUCCUUCGGCACAAUAUUCUCAACAUGGUUACUUCGCCAUUUAUCUCACCGCAAGGUAGGCAUCAUCGCUGUUCUACUCGGAAGUGCGUCACUUUUUGUUUGCUCCUUAUCUCCAACAAUAGUAUACGUUAUCAUUUCAUAUGGAGUCUUUUAUGGAUUGAGUUCCAACAUAACUAUGAUUGUGGCGUUUGACCUUGUAGUCAAGUUAUUUCAAGAUAAACAAAGAGAAAUGGCAAUUGCUUUGGUAUUACUGGGACUCUUAGCAACAGUUGGCAAUUUAUCAAUGAGCAACAUGAUUGAAUACAUCCUGGACCAGGUUGGUUGGAGAUGGACGUUUCGAAUAUUUUGUGGCAUACUAUUAAUAGUUGGUAUAAUAUGUUGUACUUUCUAUAUUGCUCCAAAGACUGAUGAACAAUGUGUUGUUGUCCUGGACGAGAAAACAAAGAGAAUUUCCAAAAGACCAACCAAUGGGCACUUGUUUUGCUUCCCAGAGUUCUGGUUGUUUAGUUUAUCAACUCUUUGUGUUUCGGUUGCUCUUGUAUUUCAAUAUGUAAACAUGGCUAGCUUUCUUGAAUCUAUAGGACUAACUGACCAGAAGAGUGCAACGGGAAUUACUUUAAUUGCCUGCGGUGAAGUAUUUGCUAAAAUUGUAAUCAUGGUUUUUGCUUCCUGUAUUUCAUUUCCGCUUAUAUAUUGCCUACCAGUCAGUCUAUUGGUGUCAUCUAUUUUGAGCAUAACCCUGACCCAGACUAAGAACACCUUUGCAAUAUUUCUCAUAUCCGUUUGCUAUGGUAUUCCUAGAGGCGUGUAUAAUGGACUUCAGUUUAUAUCUGCAAUGGAAGUUUUUGGCGCAAGCAGAAGUAAAACAUCUGCAAAAGUGGUGAUGGUGUCAAGUGGCAUUGGUAACCUUGCAGGGCCGUUUAUUCAUGGUUCUUUGUAUGAUGCAUCUGGUUCAUACUACCCAGCUCUCUACCUCUGUACUGCAUUGUUUUUUGUUUCCUCUUUCACAAUGUUAUUAACUCCACUUUGGCAAAAGUAUUUUGCACCGGAACGCUACAUGGUGGAUUACAGACUUGAGAGUGAAGUAAAAGAGUAUCAACAAUGCUCAGCAGAAUAUGAACAUUUGGAACAGAUGAUUACAGUUGUUUGAAAUCAAACACACGUGUUGCCUCAUAAAUAUUCGAAAUAAGAUAAAAUAAUUUGGAUAUUUUUAAUAGAUAGCAUACCAGUUACAUUUGUAACAUAAUUUAAAAGCAAGAAAGUUUAUACACGUCCACACAAAUAGCAGAGCAGCUUUGUGAGUCAACUAUAAUAUUGGUUUUGUCAAUAUCUAGUAAGAAAAGGUAUGUGUUUAACUGGUGUAAGUUUAUUUUCCAUGCUCAACUACUUUAAUAAACACAAAGAGUUGACCGUUUGGGAUGGGCCUGUGUAAGGCAAAAUGUUUACUACAGAUUUGUCCCUCCCAAUUAAUUUGAAAGAGUGUAGGUAUACUGUGUGAUGUGAAUAGACUAUAUACAUAAUGUUAUCCUUGCAGACCUGACAAAAUAUCUUUCUGGAGCGAGAAAGACGAUUGCCGGUCAUGAAUCUCAUGGGUUGCUCACUCAAUCGCGUAUUUAUUUUUGCUUCGAAAAUUUCAAGUUUGGGUUGGGGGCUGGUUGGGACGCAAGCUUUGUUCAUAGAGGCGCUGAUCCCUUCGCACCCCUUGACACGACGCUUAUAUCAAGUAAGAUGUUAAUAUUACUACAUAUUAUUUCAUCAUCAGUUUGUUUUUAUUUAAACUGUGUUUUGAAAAAGGCUUUGAAUUUUUAACCUAAUAUGAUGAUUAUAACUGAAUUUUGAUUUAAGAGACUUGUUGCAAAGAAAAACCGUGUUGAGAAUCAGAAUAUUUUCCUUCUCAUUUCAAAUCAAAUUAAAUAUUUAAAUGUUUCUAAUUACAUUUAUUGCAAAUAAUUGUUUGAAAAUCCAAGAAGGUAUACCGGGUACUGCACCAGUUUGUAGAAUAACAUACACGGAUUUCGACGGGAACAAUACUUUUUAAAGACUUUCCAUAAACAGUUCAAUUCGUGGUGUAUGGUACUUUGAAUAUAAUAACGUAGGCCUAUCCAAGAUUUUCAGAAUAGUCACUUUUGAUAUAACUACUUCAAUACCUUGGGUUGCAUUGUUGCAAUAAAUUUAUUAUCCGUCUUGCAACGCAGAAUAGUAUUGGAUAAUAAUAAUUUGCUUUCGGUUAUUUGUUAUCGGCAAGGAUCUUGGGGUCCAACUUGAAAAAAGGGCGUUGAACGUUUGUUGGAAAUCACCUCUGCAUUAUGCAUUACGCUUAUGCACGCAUAUUACACAUAUGCAUUACACUUCGUGCACGUCCGUUCAAAGUUGGCGACGCUGGACACUUUAAAAGUUUUGGUAGAACAAGAACAGCAGUGAGUCUCUGGGGUAAACCCUUGCGCGGACCCAAUUUUACCCAAUGGAACCGCGUUCCUUUGUGGAUUUAUUAUAAUUACUAGAGGGUGAGCUAGCUUCGCUCGCUUACCCUCUAGUAUGAACGUCGUCGCGAUUAGUUUCGAUUUAAAAAAGAACAAUAUGACCAUUAAAACAAGACAGGUUGCAUGGUUUGAAAGCAGUUUCUUGUAAUUGUUCAUAACAUAAGAAUUAGAAAACACUAAAAUGAGAUGAAACAGCAGUAGUGUUAAUCGGUAUAUAGAGAAAUAUCUUGUAAUCUUUCCAUAAUUUUCCUUGGAAAACGUUUCAGUUCGCAAUAAAAUUAAAAUUAAUAUAAUUCGCACUAUAGAUUUGUACUUGUAAUUUAUGCUUUUUUUUUGUAUGUAUUAGUUAGGAUUUACUUUUGUUUUCUUCGUCUUGUGCAAUCCCUUUUUAAUUUCAUUGCAAUAAAGUUGAUCGUAUCCGUAUUCGUAUCAAUCGACUGUGUUUAAAAUUUGUACUUUUGGCGUUCCACAUAAAAACAAAUGAACGUUGAAUGUAUACCUAAACUAACUUAGAACUUCCCUGCUUAGAAUAAUUAUAGUGUUUUAUCCAGGAAACAGUUUCACUGUUCCCUGGUUUUAUAGUUGUAUUUUUGCAGGUAUGAUUCUGUACAGUAUCCAGUGGCGGGUGGGGGCGGGGGACUCGAUUGUCAGUUGAGGCGGGAGCUAAAUUCGCAAAAUAAGGUGAUUUUUAACUACUUGACUGUGAUUUUUUUGGGGGAGACUGAGGGGUACGAGUAUUUUUUUGGGUGGGGCACACCCCCUAGAUGCGCCACUGACAGUAUUGAUGAGUCAUUUUGAUAAUCCCCAGGGUAGGCCUAUACAGUGUAACGAAUAUAUGGUCUCGAAGAAAAUUAUCAUUCUUAGGUAUAAUAACUAUAGUCAUUAAAUGUCCUAUGAUCUCAAAGCCUAAUCCUCAUGAAACAUUUGUAAAAGAAUAACGGAGUGAUCUUCAAUUUCAUAUGGAAUAGUGUUGAUAGAGUUGCCCGUAAUCAAAUAGUUCAAGAUUAUUCAAAAGGAGGGCUUCGCAUGAUUGAUAUGGGGGAGUCAGAUACAAGCCCUAAAAAUAACCUGGAUUAGACGGUUUUCACUGACGCUCAACGGCGAAUGGUGCAAUUAUUUUAGAAAUUUAGUUUGCAUUACUGAUUCCAAUGACAUCGAUGGUGGCUCCGCUACCUAAAUAAGUAAUAUGGCUUAAUGAUCGUUUUUAUGUUGCUGACUGCCCCGUAUUAUAAGGAAUGGCUUAGACCAUACGGUCAAUGAUAUCAUGGUGCAUUUUGACUAUGCACGAAUUUGCCAAUAAAUUUAAUAUCAAUACAAAUUUUAUUGAUUACGGGUUGAUCCGCUCAAUAAAUAAACCAGUAAUUUUAAAUAUCGAUUAGAACUUAUCACGUUUUCCGUUUAAUAUUAAAGUGAAUUUAAAAGACCAUAAAGGGUCUAGAAGAAUGUAUGAGGUAUUUUGUUCUAAUUUGGUUUAUAAGGAAAGAUAUAAAGAAAAUGGCAGAAAUAGGAAUUUCAAACAACAAAAAUAUUUUGGAAACUCUGUCAAAUGUCACUUUCAGUUGUAAUAAUGAUGUUAAAUUAAAAUGGUUUCAAUACAGAAUCAUUCACAGGAUUCUAGGUGUUAAAUCAUUUUUAUUCAGAAUUGGUAUAUUGGAAAACAAUACCUGUGAA